CCAGUCAAACCCUGUGAAAACAUAUAGAGAGAAACAUAUCAGCUCUCUGGAAUAAAAGUUUUUCCUAUAGUUUUUUCGAAAACAAAAGUGAAAACAAAAAAAGUUGAAGCAGAAAAUUGACUAGCUAUGGCCGAGGAGAAUGGCCUGUUUGGUGCCAUUUUGAUAUUCGGUCUGAUUGUUGUGGGAUAUAUAUUUUGUCAUUGUUAUCAGAAGCUGAAGAAUCGCGUGUGCGGCAACAAGAAUGUGCGCAUGGAUCAAAAUGCGGCGCCAGAGUUGCCACCGUUUCCGUUCACCAAGAUGACAGAAAAACAGCUGCUCGACUACGAUGGCAGUCGCAGCGACGGACGCAUCCUGAUCGCCUUCAAGGGCAAGAUCUAUGAUGUGUCCACCGGCCUGGAGGAGUUCAGUCCCCAGGGCGUCUUGGGCUGCGUGGCGGGACGAAACUUUUCCGAGUAUCUGGCGCGCACGCUGCAGCCGCGCGAAACCAAAGUCGACUAUAUAGCACGCUGGGAUAAGCUGCUCAGUAAGAACUAUCCCAUGGUGGGCGUACUCGCGGGCGAGAAGGAGGAGGAGGAGGAGGAUAAUAAAGGAACUGAGAACGAGGAGGAGAUCGAGGCUAAUAAAGAGACUGUCACGGAGCAGGAGAAGCAGCAGGAGGAGGAGGACUUGGUGGGCAUCAUGGAUGAGCCCAACGAUAGCACCGAUGUCCAACUGGGCGACUGUCCGUUCGAAGCUGAAGCGGAAAUGUCUGUGAUUGCCGCGAAGCAAACCAGCGAAAUGUUGGAGGAUGAACUGCCUCCGAUACUUGCCGCAGGUCUGGCUGAGAAAUCGUUGUAAAAUUUGUUCUGUUUCAAAUGUUUUUAAAUUCUUAUUCGUUUUUGUCGUUCAAAUAAUACACACAAGUUGCUAAGUGUUUCCGA